AUGGUGGAACAGUGGAUUACCGAGGAUGGUGGAAAUCCAGUACAAUGCGCCAAGUCAGUGUUGAUCUAUGUCGUUCAAUUCAAUGAUCAUAACAUGAUCAUGGAUCAUAGGUCCCAUCUUUUUUCUACUCAUCCUUCUUAUCCAGCACUGUUCAUAACUAAACAAUGGUAUUUGGUCGACGGUAACACCGUACAAAAGGAAGCGGAUUUGUCGCUGAUGAAUGAAGAUCGGAGCAUCUCUACCGCGGAAGUCACUGACAGCCCAACUGGAGGCGUCGGCGGUAUUCCAGACCUCGGUACAGCGCUUAAGCUCGUCCAGCAACUUCUCGCCGUGAUUCUUAAAAUUCUCCUCAACGCUGUACAAGGAGCUGGUGGACUUGUGGGUGGUGCUGCCGGAGCUACAUAA